AUGUGCAUAGGAGCGCAUACUUUUGGACGUGCAAACUGCACAACCUUCAACAAUAGACUAUUCAACUUCAACGGGACAGGUAGUCCCGACCCGACUCUGAACUCAACACUUCUCAGCAGUCUUCAACAGAUUUGUCCUCAAAACGGCAGCGGAUCAGGGAUCACCAAUCUCGACCUGAGCACACCUGAUGCGUUCGAUAAUAAUUACUUCACCAACCUUCAGAGCAACAAUGGUCUUCUACAGUCUGACCAAGAACUGUUUUCUGAUACCGGUUCGCCCACCAUUGCGAUUGUUACUUCCUUCGCAAGUAACCAAACUCUGUUUUUCGAGGCCUUUGCUCAGUCCAUGAUCAAAAUGGGGAAUAUAAGUCCCUUGACGGGGACUAGUGGAGAGGUUAGACAAGAUUGUAAGGUGGUUAAUGGCCAGUCAGCUACUAAAGCAGAGGACAUCCAGUUGUAA